AUCCUCGCCGUUAGAUUAACUUUCGGCCUUCACUCGAGUCGCGGUCGGUCGGUAGAUGGGAUGCAGGUUUUUUUUUGUUGCCUCGCCACUUUUUUUGGAUUCAACUUUGCUACGUACGAGUUACUUACUUGCACUCUAAGUUACAGUCUCGGUGGAGCCUUCAAGGGCCAUGGGGAAGGAAGGUAAGGGAUGAAGGAGUGUACAGUACUCGAAGAGAGAAGCGUGGGGGCGGCCUGACCUCGCCACCUCGAGUGCAGGACAGACUUGCAGGUUUUUGCAUGUUCGUGCGGUGCUCGAGUACCGAUUGUGGGAGAGAGGUGCCAAGAAAUGGAAUGGACCGGUGUGAACCCUUGUUCGGAAAAAGAAAUAAGGAAAGAAUGUUUGAGGUGAGUGUGAAUCCAAGGACGGUACUCGAGUACGGUGCGGUACGAGUACUUGAGUACUCGUACAGUAUGGGGUAAAAGUGAUAAGGGACUCGGGGGGGGAGGGGUGGGGGAAAAAACAAAAAACAAAAUACUAAUAAUAAGACGUCAGAUUAAACUGGUUGUGUGUGUAAGUGUGUGUGUUCAUAGUGGCGGUGUACUGUCGUGUUAUCACGGUUUUCCACUACUGUAUUUCAACAGUGCCCAUAUUCAAAGUACGGUACGAGUAAUAAUAAUAAUGAUAAUAGGGAUAGGGAUACCGGUAUUUCAACCCGUAGAGUUGCCUUCGUGCGUAGAACAAAAAAAAAUAAAAAAAAUAAAGUAAAAUGUACCGUCAGUAGGCCCCCCCCCCCCCUUUCCUCCCUCCCGCUCGUGGUACGGUAGCCUUCUUCUUCUUCUUCUUCCAACUUUCCA